CAUGACAGUUACUGUUUCUUUUGGUUUGCCUUUUGCAUUGUUUUCUCAAACGAAAAUUGUGUAUAAUUGUUGGCUGAAAUCAAGUUAAAACCAUCAGAAUGGUUGAAACCCGAGACGAAAUCUGUCAACUGAUGGACAAACUACUUCUACACUCAUUGGAACUGAUAGAACAAGAGGUUGAGUUGAAAACCAAAAUCGAAGCAAUCACAAACGAAGGUCGGCUGGAUUUGGCUCAAACUCGUUAUCACAAGUCCCAACACUCCGUAUCGUCUGUCCAGCUACCAACCGAGGACUAUAAGCCGUUCAAGGCACUAAAUUCGUUAACAGAGGAUCAGGAUGAACUAGGCAACACCAAACUACAGCUGGAGAGUCACGAAGUCGAUAAGGAGUCUGACUAUAUUGACCCGAUUCGUUGGUUCGGAAUAUUGAUUCCAUCGACGCUGCAGAAUGCACGUAAAAAGUUUACCCGAUCGCUGGAUUAUGUUGUGGAGUGUGCUAAUGUUCAAAUACAAUUGAAAAAUACGCUGAUAAAUUAUGCUAAGUUGAAUAAAAUGAAGUCGGAAUUAUAGUA